CAUAAGUGUUGCACGGUUAACUUGACGAGAUGACUUUAAAAUUGUUUUACGACUUAUUGUCGCAACCCUCCAGAACACUUUACAUCUUCCUAAAAAUCAACAACAUUCCAUUCGAAGCUGUUCCGGUUGCGUUAAGAAAAGGAGAACAUCUUACCGAGGAGUUCAAGGAAAAGUACAGCAAAUUCGGAAAAGUGCCCUUUAUACAUGACGGAAAUUUCAGGUUAUCCGAAAGCGUGGCAAUUAUCCGAUAUUUGGCGGAAACUCGAAAAAUCGCAGACCACUGGUAUCCGAGAGACAUAAAAGAAAGAGCAAAAGUCGACGAAUACCUAGAAUGGCAACAUUUGAACACCAGGGCAAAUUGCGCAUUAUAUUUUCUCAGAACAGUAGUUGAACCAAUGAUGACUGGGGCUCCACCAACGGAAAGUCGUGUAAAAAGGUUGAAGAAAAAUAUGGAAAAUUCUCUCAAGGAUAUGGAGACUUUAUGGUUAGCUAAUGAUAAAAAAUAUAUAACAGGCGACAAAAUUUCAGUGGCUGAUAUUUUUGCCGCCACGGAAAUCGAACAGACUCGUAUGGCUGGAUAUGAUCCCAGGGCCAAAUACCCAAUUCUUGAAAAAUGGUUAGAAAGGGUGAAGAAGGAAACUGAUCCUUUUUAUACCGAAUCUCACGUUUUUGUUGAUAAACUGGCAGCAAAGUCUAAAUUGUAAAAGUUGACAAUGUUUUAUUUUUUAUUUUUUUUUUAAUUUGUCUAAUAUAAUUACAAUGUUAAAAUUCAGAUAUUUUAAGUAAACUAAAUAAUAAAGGAAUGUUUAU